CCCCACCAUAUUCCCCAUAUUUAAUAUUAAUUUUUGAUUGCUGUUGUGGUUGUUAAACUCUGUCAAGGUUGAUGCCCCUCUAGUAGAGUCUCUAUGCCUUGCUUUCAGGAAUUAUCCUAAUAAGAUUAUUAUAAUAGGGAUUGACGGAGUCUUUCUCCCCUGUCGCAAACGUCAGUUUUUCUUGUUUCUUAUUUAUUAUUUAUAUACUUAUUUUAUUUUUUGGCCAUCUCCUGUCUCCAUCUUCUCUCUCAGCUCCGUACCAUACCAUACCAUCCAUCUCCUUCCCUUCAAUUCCCCCGCUUUGGAGGCGCAGUCCGCCGUUUUAUUUCUGUUUCUGAACAAAAAGAAAAAGCACCUUACAACUAGGAUCUAUUUCUGCCUGUCAAACUAAUACCUACCUGAGGAAAAAUUCUUAAAAAAAAAAAAAAUUAAAAAUAAAAAUAAAAUAAAAUAAAAAGACAAUAGUUCAAUCCUGACGGACCACUCCGAUGGCGAGCAGGCCGCCUCGAGGCCAGCAAGGGCUAGCUGCGACCUGGUAUCCAGGGGGCCAGGACGAUUUCUACAUGCCUGAAGUGAUAUCCCCCUCCCCCAAAGGUUUGAAUACCCUCAAUCUCCCCCCUAAUCUCACUCACUCUCCGUUAUGGUUGUUCAUUGAACUUUCCUAGGGUCAUGCCCGAAAUACCGGAAUCCAUGCAGGAUAACAUCGCGCAUCUCGAGCGGCAAGCUCCUCCAACUGCCUCGCUGCAUAAUCCUCACUUCCCUGAACGCGCCUCCUCUUACGCCAUGACUACUUCCGCCAUUAAUGCUCCCUCUGCCGAAGCACAGUCUCAGGAUUUCUUGGACUAUUAUGCCUCUUCAGACUCCUACGAACUGGCCCCCAGCGCCUCCGGCAUCUCUCCCUUCCCCGUCCUGCGGAAUCCCCCUCCAAAUGUACCGCCCACCGACGGGGACAGGGAAGCGAAUUUAGAAAGGGCGAGGCUGGCGGUUCUGUCCUCAAAUGACCCCGAAAUGCAGUUGGCCUGGGCGCAGGAUGCCCUUGCAUAUGUCGAGAUUGCGAUGCAAAAUGAAGCCCGUCUGUCACUCAUUCAACCUCCGCGACCCCAAACCCCGGUGGUAGAGCGCCAAUUAAAAUCAGACGCGAUGAAUAUCGUCAAUUUUCUGGCCGACCAGUAUCACCCCAAGGCCGAAUUCAUCAGGGGCACUUGGCUCGAGUUCGGCAAGUUUGGUUAUCGCAUGGACAAGAAGGAAGCAUUCCUCUGUUAUUCCAGGGCUUCGGAGAAAGGAUAUCCACGAGCGGAGUAUAGGAUGGGCAUGCAAUUCGAGAACUCCAAUGAGCCUGAAAAGGCAAUCAAAUACUACGAGAAGGGUGUUGCUCUGGGCGAUUCUGCCUCUUACUACCGACUCGGUAUGAUGAUUCUGCUUGGCCAGCAUGGGCAGCGCCAGGAUUAUCAUAUGGGGUUAGACUACAUCCGCGUGGCUGCACAGACCUGUGAUCAGAAUGCCCCGCAGGGAGCUUACGUAUACGGCAUGCUUCUGGCAGGAGAGCUGCCUCAAGUCAAUGUGCCGGAAUCUUUCCUCCCGCUUGACAUGAAUGCCGCUCGUGUCAACAUCGAGAAGGCUGCCUAUCAUGGAUUUGCCAAAGCUCAAGUUAAGAUGGGCGCUGCCUACGAACUUUGCCAGCUUGGCUGUGAUUUCAAUCCUAUGCUCUCUUUACAUUAUAACGCUUUGGCUGCACGUCAAGGUGAACCGGAAGCGGAAAUGGCCCUAAGCAAGUGGUUCCUCUGCGGCCACGAGGGCGUAUUCGAAAAGAAUGACGAGCUUGCUUUCACCUACGCUCAACGCGCUGCUCAAAGCGGUCUUCCUACCGCGGAAUUUGCCUUGGGGUAUUUCUACGAAGUCGGGAUUUUCGUUCCCGUUGAUAUCAAAGAAGCCAGGAGCUGGUAUAGCAAAGCCGCAACGGGCGGCAACAAGGAUGCAAGCAGCCGGAUCGAGAGUAUUUCCCGGUCAAAGACCUUAUCUAGGAAAGAUCAUGAACGGGUCGCAAUUGCCCGAAUCAAGUCGCGGUACGGAUCCCAAGCGCGGCCUACCAAUCUGGGGCCCACCCCAGAAAAGCUUGAGAUGCCCGACCCUUCCAGGAUGAGUAUUUCAGAUUCCCCCAGUGCUUCGUCCACCCCCUAUUAUAAUAGACCGGAUUCUAGAGUUAGUCAGCCGAGCUAUCCUAUGCCAGAUCCGCGGCCGAGUUCUGCAUUCGGCUUCAAUCCCAAUCUUCGCGCCAGCGCUGCAAGCUAUGGCGUACCCCCCCAGGCUCAUCGUGCUGCAUCAUACGGACCAGGGCCUGUGGGUUACCAAGCUGGCCCCGGGGCACCACCAUCAGCUGGGACGACGAGCCCGAGUUCCAUGCACCCUCGUACAGCUCCUGGCACCCCUAGACUUGAUAUUGGGUUCUCUGCACCUCUUGAUUCUCCUGGCCCCAGACUUAACGGCCCCCCUGACAGACGGCCUGCGAGGACACCGGUGGGUGGCCAUCCACAGAAUUCGGCCAACGCCCCCAGGCCAGGUGGGUUGCCUCCUCGUGUAGACUCUGCACCACCUCCAAGAGAAUCACCAUCAUCGACGCCUAGACCCUCCAAACCCGCUUCAGCCCCCAGGCCUUCUGCGCCUCCGAGUACAUCCACCAAAACUGCACCGCCUGCGAAGUCGCAAACGUCAAGGCCGCCAAACGCCCCUACUGCUCUUCCUGGAAAAGGACCAAAGACUUUCGAAGAGAUGGGAGUCCCAACUGUCAAAUCUGAUAAUGACUGCGUCGUGAUGUGAUACCACAACCAACUUCGACCUUGAUUCAAUUAUUCCUCCUUGGUAUAUGCUGAAGCACAUUCAUAUUCUUUCCGACUUCUUUCCUUGUUGCUGCAGAUGGAAAUUCUCUCGGAGCAGAACCAGUAUGAAUGGCGAUUCUUGUGUUUUUUUCUUUUUUUAUUUUCGAUAUACUUUUUAUGGCAUGGACUUCAUUCUUGAAUAUGCUGUGGUUAUUUAUUUGAUCAUUUAAAUGACCUUUAUUUUACUGUCCAUUUGUCCCUUCUGUGACCCUGCAUUUAUGCUUUUUCUUUCCCACCGUCAUUGCCAACAUCCGCCAUUUGUCUAUAACAUAUCCUUGCAACGGAACAAUUUACUCCCUACGCUUCUCUCUUCCUCUUAAUUCUACGGACUUUCUCAAUGACUUCAUAAUGUUUCUUUCGACACACGAUUCUUGUCCUUGACACCGGAGUGUACUUCACGUGAUGGUCCAUUCCCAUGGAUCUCAACUCUAAACUUGAGCAGUCGGUUUAAAUUACAUGGAAUAACUGUUCGUCUUCUAUCCCCCACUAUCUUUUGAACUGGAAUUCGAGUAGUUAGUGCUACUUUAGCGCGCCGUCCGCGAUGUCUGCAAGGAAAGGAAGAGUUGAAAAGGCUUCUGGUAAUUAUGACAGGCAAAGGUUUAAUUAAAG